AUGUCCGUGGUCAGGACCACCACCCUCGUGGUUGCCCUUCCCGAGCCCGAAGGAGACGAUCGCCCCAUAUCCCAUCAGCGCGCGCAGCUUGUUGGUGUCGACGACCUUGUUCACGACCACGCAGGUGAUCAGGUCUCGCUGAGCGGGUACGCUUUCAUCUCCACGGAGCUGUUCCCGGACACAUCGACGACCUCGGCCGCCGUGCUAUCCGUCCUCAUGUACACGUUGCUGUCCGCCGCCGUCUACGUCGACACGGUCGUGUGCACAUCCAUGUCGGUGACGCUCGUGCUGCUGUACGCGUCCACCAACUCGUUGACCUCUCCAACCGUUUGUCUUCAGGUGUUGCCUCAACAUGGCCGGCUCACGACCCUCGGACACGGGGUUCUCGAUCGAAGUGGUCGUGUUCACAUGUGCGAGUGCGUACAGAACAGGUUCGAUCGGUACUACGUGGUCAUGAGCGACACUACGGACUCCGAGACGGUCGUGUCCGCCGACGGGGACAGCAACGAGGUCGUCACCAUGGACGAUACAGAGGCACGGAGGGAAAAUCUGGUUUUUUCGACGACUUCCCGUGCUCGAGCCCCUGCCUUCAACGAGUGGUCGGACCAGGACCAGCAGAUAAUCAGGUGGGCGAUCACGCCCAAUUCCGUCGUGGUCAAGGACAUCACGUACUACGUCUACUGCAGGAGGAUGGCCUCGUGGUGGCAGAUGGAGUCCCGACUGCCCACGGCGUCGCAGGAGUUAUCGGACGUGGCCGGUAUCAAUGCCCCCCCAGUCAACUACGCGGCCGCGUUGAGGAGGCUUCCACCCGUUACUCACCACCAGGGUGGCUUUCCCGGUCACGCCCCUGACCCAGGAGUAUGUGCAUUGGGACGUACAGGCUCGUUCACCUUACUAGCCAGGACACUCAGCCUUCGUCACUUCCGGUCAUCGCUCCGCCUCAAAACUCCUUCACCAGUUGCUCCUCUCUGUCCAAGUCUCCGUAUCCCAGUCAACAGUGGUCCGCUUCUCGAUAUAUUCCUGAUGUUCACCGUCAGGUCCGAAUCUGGGGGGGCCGAUCUUGGAGUCCAAGCCGCACAAGACCGUGAUCGACCACGAGAAGGGGGGACGAGCACGGGAGGAUGUACAUUUCUGAACAACAUCUUCUUCCUCCUGCUCAGGGACGACCAGAAGCUCGACUUCAUGUGGCGGAUCGGGAACGCGCUUACAGACCCGGCCAUGAACCCGUGCGUCAUCAUCUUCCUACGGCCCGAGCGGCCAGGAGAGCAAUAA